CCAAUCAGCGCCGUCGCUACGGUCAUGUGAUGUUUUAAAUAACAACACAAGAUGGCGGCCCCCUCGGUGAUAGCCGGCGUACGAGCUGUGAAAAAAGCCAGACAAAUCAUUUCACCUCGAGCUGCUUUGGUGCUGACCCCUGCAGCAGUAAACAGGAUAAAACAACUACUCAGUGACAAACCGGAGUUUAUUGGUUUAAAAAUUGGGGUGAGGAGCCGGGGUUGCAAUGGUCUCUCCUACACCAUUGAAUAUGCCAAGGAGAAGGGGAAGUUUGAGGAAGAAGUCAAACAAGAUGGUGUUCGAGUGAUUAUUGAUCAGAAGGCCCAACUGACCCUCUUGGGGACAGAAAUGGAUUUCCUGGACUCAAAACUCUCCAGCGAAUUUGUGUUCAACAACCCCAACGUGAAAGGGACGUGUGGCUGCGGAGAGAGCUUCACAGUCUGAAACCUGAAGGACUGAAGCUUGAGCACAGGGAGUGAUAGGGUACCAGGAAUAAACUGUUUCAAUGUGACAUCUAUUGUGUGGUGGAAUUCAAAGAAGCAGCCAAAGGUCAGAAAUAUCUUCAGUGGAAUAAUCUGGGAGGGGGGGAGUGAUCAUUUUGCUCAGGUCAGAUUCUGAGGACUUGGCUAUAACUUCUUAAAUAGCUUCAGUACAUUUUUCAGUUUCUACUUUUACAUGCACAAGGAAGUCAGUGCUUUUGAAAUUGAUUCUUUUGAAUCUGAAAAUAAAUAUGCAGCUUUGAUAUGCCAAACUCUGGUUAGAAGAAACCAAAGCUUCUGAAACCAUUCAGUUGAAUCUGAUUAAAACACCAACCAGAUUACUGCUCCAGGCUGCUUUACGUGCAUGAUAUAUAGAGACUUUGGGAAUUGAUUCUUCAAAAAGGCAGCUUAAUUCAGAUUAGAUUGUACAUGUAAACUGGGCAAUUGUCUCCCUGAGUCAAUUGCACUGAACUAGAGAUCAUCUCAUAGUUAGUACAGAGGACAGGGCUAACAGUAAUCUGCAAGAUAGUACCAAUUGCAAUGAGCUAACUAAUACUAGCUACUACGUUGUUUAGCCCCUGGAUCUGUACUCAAUUCAGAAGUGCAUUGUAAUUGACCCUGAGUUUAUUAUGGAGUUUGGUUGUUCUGCUCAUUCCUACUGUCUCCACAUCAGCACUACCAUAGCCCGUGGCGUAGCCCUCUCCUCCCUCCAGAAAUACAUGUGAUACAUCUCUGAUGAUCUGUAGGAAUAAAUCAGAUAUAACAAGUAGAAUAUAUAGGGAUUCAUAUAAAAGAGAUAUUUUAUUAAUUAAAUUAAACAAAGCCGUAUUUAAAUAUAGUAUAAAAAUAUAUAUAGAGACUUCAUGCACUUUCAUUGUGUACUGUAGUUAUACCAUGAACGAGGAUGGGCUAGUAAGUGAGUGGAUUGUUUAUUCCAUUAAAUAGUGGAUAUAUUAUGAGUGUUCAUGGAGUACUGUAGUUAGUCCACCAAUAACACUUGGGAAAAAAAAAAAAAAAAAACAGCACUCCAUGAACGUUAAUGGAUUAUUCUGUUUAUAUUAUAUACUGUCAGGAAAGGGAAGUAGGUUUAAACCUAAAUUAAACAGUUGAAUUCAGGGAGUUUCUUACCUUAUAUCAAGCUUCCCAUCUGCUUUGGAACCCAACGUGAUUCAUACAGUCAUUUUGUCGUUGGAUUUGAAUGAAUGAGAUUUUAAAGUAUUUACUGUUUAGCCUUAAAUAUUAAUACAUUAAGGACAUUGUUUAACAUGUAAACCUCAAUAAACCCAUAUCACAGUGUUUGUUUUUGUAUUGUCCUUGGGCCCUUUUUGAAGCAAGUACAAAGAACAAGGCACAUUUUCAAAGAGAAUUAAAACAAAAAUAGAAUCAUGAAACUUGUAAAGAGCAACUUAGUUGCAGAAAGGAGCCGUUCAAUUAUGGUUUGCAUAGUUUCUUGCUCGCUUUAUACCAUCAAAAUGAUUGUAUUCCUCUCUUUGUAGUUACUUCAAAAUAGUGCCCAUGAUGUUCAUUAUCUCAACAGGAUGCUGUUACACAGGACAAAGACAAACACAUACUAGAUGUCUUUGAUUGUCAGUUGCUUAAAAAAUAAAGCCAAGUACAUAAUAGCUACGUGAGAUGGGCUUUGCACUGAAACUGUAAAUAUAACGUAUCAGAUUCCCGAAUCUCAGGUGCAGAUUCAUAGCAAAAAUAAAAAUGCCUAAAUGUGAA